UGCCAAUCAAAGAAGCAUUAAUAGUCAUGGCACUUGUCCUAAACAUAAGCAUCCUAACAACCAGAAAGAAUGAAAUCAAACUGAGCAAAUGAAUCGUUCAAAUGAUACAAUAGAAACUACUUAAAUAUUUGGCAAUCAUACUAAGCAGCCACUCGUUGAAGACCAAACCAGCAACCCUGGAGCAUACCAUCAUCGACAAUACAGUCCUUCUGCCGCCAUGAUCGUCAAUUAUCUCUUUGGCCUUCUUAUAAGACGCAAUUGAAUCUCGUUGCAGUGCCAUCUUCAACCAUGUCGAAGGACCAGUGAUGACUUCUGCGAUUGCGCCAAAUGUUGUGUGUUUCCCCACCCAUCUCAGUUCCUCAGGUGACUCUCUGUCUUCGUCGUCCUUGCUGCGUCGCGGCCACCGUCCCAUAUCAGUUUCCGGCGGCGCGUGCGACUUCUAGGACGACCCCUUUGUGUGCUGGAGAUCUAGAUCCUGCGCGUGGUUCUGAUGCGAAUUGCGAAGGCUCCACGACACCGAUGUGGCUCUCUAUGGCCAUCGUCGUCGGCGGGGUGCAUGUGAUGAGCACAGAUAUAAGGAAGGAAACUCAGAGGAGAAAGAACCAGAUCUGAUGAGAGAAACCCAGAUCUGAUGAGAGAAAACUCAGAUCUGGGUUUAAUUCUUCUCUUUUUAAAUUUAUCUGAUGAUGAUAAUUGCAGAUUUGAUUUGGUAUUCUGGACUUACUUGAUUGGAAUUGAGAAAUUCAAAGUGGUGAGGAGUGCGGCUGGGCUGAAUGGUGGUCAGGGAGAAAGGAUCUGGUGGUGGUUAGGGAGGUACAAUGUUUUUGGUGAAUCCUUAGUGAUGAUGCUGGUAGGCCGAGGGAGAUUGACGGUGGCAAGCGGCGGCGAAGGGUUCUACAAGGAGAGUGCGGCGGUUUUGCAAGUGGAGAAAGGGAGAGAGUAGAGCAGGGGUAUACUUGUCAUUGUCUUUUUUUUAAACAUUGAAUCUGAAACACUUAAUAUUUUAGUAUUAUAUCCAAGGAUGGAAGUUGAACUGGAGCACCGUGGAGUAGAUGAAACCCAUCUUCUUGCUUCCAAUUUCUUUGUUUUCCAACUUAUAACAUUUAAUUCAACAUGCAAUGAUGCAAAUCUCUUUUGGGUCUCUACCAUUUUUCUUUUUUUGAUUAAUGAUCUGUACCAUUUUUCAAUAACAUGUUAAAUUUGGAAAAUGCCAGAACGCGCUUUUGCAUUGGGAUGCUUUCUUUGCAGGGGUAAAGAGAAACAGAGAAAGUAGUCCUUAAAAAUUUACUACCAAAGUCAAAGGUGAGUCUUACCGAGAACAUGCUCAAAUGUGCUUCAUUGUUCAACUAUAAUGCUUAUGAAGUAAGAGGAGCUACAAGGAAAGGAAUGCAGGCUAUCUUGCUGAUGCUGUUGUUGUUGGUGGCAAUUGCAUUCGGCAAUUCAGAUAUUGAUGCACUCCUUGAACUCAAGAAGAGUUUUCAGGAUGACCCUUUGGGUUUAGUUUUCAAUUCUUGGGAUUCCAAGUCUUUAGAAUCUGAUGGGUGUCCUCAGAACUGGUUUGGGAUAAUGUGUACUGAAGGCAACAUCGUCUCAAUCGCUCUAGAUAAUGCUGGUUUGGUUGGGGAGUUCAAUUUCCUUGCUAUCAGUGGCCUCACAAUGCUUCACAACUUGUCAAUUGUGAACAACCAGUUCACAGGAAGUGACUUACAAAUUGGUCCGAUAAAAUCACUUGAGUUUCUUGAUUUGUCCCUCAACAAGUUCAACGGGUCGUUACUCUCUAACUUUGUUGAACUGAAUAACUUAGUGUAUCUGAAUCUUUCUUCAAAUGAAUUUAGUGGCACUCUUCCUAUUGGGCUUCACAAACUUGAGAAGUUGAAAUACUUAGAUUUGCACAAUAAUAACUUUUCUGGGGAUAUCAUGCAUCUCUUUUCUCAGAUGGGUAGUGUGCUACAUGUGGACAUAAGCAGCAACAUGUUUUCAGGUACACCGGAUUUGGGACUUGGAGAUGACUCCUAUGUAUCAUCAAUUCAAUAUUUGAACAUUAGCCACAAUUCAUUGACUGGUGAGCUAUUUGCUCAUGAUGGCAUGCCAUACCUUGACAAUUUAGAAGUCUUUGAUGCUAGUAAUAAUGAGCUAGUGGGUAACAUACCUUCCUUCACCUUUGUGGUAUCUCUAAGGAUUCUUCGACUCGCAUGCAACCAGUUGACAGGGUCAUUGCCAGAAACUUUGCUGAAGGAAAGUUCAAUGAUGUUGUCUGAACUGGAUCUUAGUCAAAACAAACUUGAAGGUCCCAUUGGAAGCAUUACCUCAGUAACUCUCAGGAAGCUUAAUUUAUCUUCAAACAUAUUGUCAGGUCCCUUACCUCUUAAGGUAGGCCACUGUGCCAUCAUAGAUUUGAGCAAUAACAUGCUCUCAGGUAACUUGUCAAGGAUUCAGUAUUGGGGUAACUAUGUGGAAGUUAUUCAGCUAAGUACAAACUCACUCACAGGAAUGCUGCCAAAUGAAACUUCCCAAUUUUUAAGGUUAACUGCACUUAGGGUAUCCAAUAACUCAUUGGAGGGAUUUCUCCCACCAGUCUUAGGAACAUAUCCAGAACUGAAAGAGAUUGACCUCAGCUUCAACCAGCUUUCUGGGUUCCUCCUACCAAUUUUUUUCAACUCAACCAAAUUGGUUAGUCUCAACCUCUCGAACAAUAAGUUUUCUGGACCAAUCCCUAUGCAGUUUCAGAUUUCCACUGUAAAUUCUAGUCUGGUGUUUCUUGAUCUUUCACAUAACAACUUGAGUGGGCUUCUUCCUCGAAACAUGAGCAAGCUUCACAAUUUGGCAUAUCUAUAUCUCUGUAGCAAUGAAUUGGAAGGUGCUAUUCCUGAUGAUCUCCCAGAUGAAUUGAGAGCACUCAAUGUGUCUUUGAAUAAUCUUUCUGGUGUUGUACCAGACAACUUAAUGCAGUUCCCAGAAUCAGCAUUUCAUCCAGGAAACACUAUGCUAACAUUUCCACAUUCGCCAUUAUCGCCAAAAGAUUCUUCCAACAUAGGCUUGAGGGAACACGGUUUGCCUAAGAAGUCCGCAACUAGGAGAGCCUUGAUUCCAUGUUUGGUUACUGCUGCUUUUGUGAUGGCUAUUGUGGGUAUAAUGGUUUAUUAUAGGGUUCAUCACAAAAAAGAAAGGACAUCUAGGCAAAAUGCAGCAAGUGGCAUCAUCCAAGAGAGUACUACUUCCACAUCAAAGAGUCCUAACAGAAAUUUUGAAUCGUUACCGCCUUCUGAUGUUACCCGGAACAUUGAUCCAAUCGUAAAGAAGCCACAAGAUCUUGAUCAUUCUGAAUUAGCUAAGAAUGAGGAAGGAAUGUCCUCUCCUAUGUCUAUUUUGUCAGCUUCAAAUCCUUCAUCUUCUAAAAGCCAUCUUCAAGUUGAGAAUCCUGGUUCCCUCAAAGUAUCUUCUCCGGAUAAACUGGUUGGGGACUUGCAUCUGUUUGAUGGAUCCUUGGGGCUAACUGCAGAAGAACUUUCACGUGCUCCGGCGGAAGUUAUUGGCAGGAGUUGUCAUGGAACACUCUACAAAGCUACACUUGAAUCUGGUCAUGCAUUGGCUGUGAAAUGGUUAAGAGAAGGAAUAACUAAAGGGAAAAAGGAGUUGGCAAGGGAAAUAAAAAAACUGGGGACUAUCAAGCAUCCAAACUUGGUGUCUAUUCAGGGUUACUACCUGGGGCCAAAGGAGCAUGAGAGGCUGAUUAUAUCAAAUUACAUGAAUGCACAUUCUUUGAACAUUUAUCUCCAUGAAGCAGAUAAGAGAAAUCUCCAUCCUUUGUCUCUUGAUGAAAGGCUCAGGGUAGCUGUAGAGGUGGCCCGGUGCCUUCUUUAUUUACACAAUGAGAAAGCCAUACCUCAUGGCAACCUCAAAUCCACAAACAUUCUACUAGAGACUCCAAACAGAAAUGUCCUGCUCACUGACUACAGCUUGCACAGAAUCCUCACCGCUGCAGGCACUGCUGAGCAAGUUCUAAAUGCCGGCGCACUCGGUUACCGACCGCCUGAGUUUGCGAGAUCAAGCAAACCAUGCCCUUCAUUAACAAGUGAUGUCUAUGCAUUUGGUGUUGUCUUGUUAGAGCUCUUGACAGGAAGAAGCUCUGGAGAAAUAGUUUCUGGCAUUCCUGGGGUGGUUGAGGUCACUGACUGGGUGAGAUUCUUGGCCGAACAAGGCCGCGCUAGCCAGUGCCUUGAGAGGUCCCUUGUGGACAAGAACAGUGGAGAAGGACCACCUAGAAUUCUUGAUGACAUGCUAAAGGUGGCACUAAAAUGCAUCCUUCCAGCAUCUGAGAGGCCUGACAUGAAAACAGUCUUCGAAGAUCUUUCAGCAAUAAGGUAGAGUUUUUCACCAUAGCCUAACCACUAACACCAUUGUCUAUUAGCAUGUUUGGUCCACUUCUAAUCCUGGAAGUAUCAUUUCUUUUGCCAUAAAAGCUAUUGAUAUUUAAUGAAAUUCUUUAUCAAAGGAAAUUCAUUCUUUUUAAACCUUGAAUGGGAAGAUUGUAUAUUGUUGAAUUUACAUCAUAGAUUCAUCUAGUUAUUGAUAUUGUCAGAAGUCACCCCACUAUU